AUGAACAAAUUGCAAGAACGUGUUGAGCUGGUUAGCCUGUAUUACCAAAAUCAAAAUGGUACACGAGCGGCUGCAAGGAUAUUUAACCGAAACCAUACUGAACAUAGCGUUCGCCAUAAGUACGUAAUGCAACGAAGGCAACUGAGAUGUAUGAAAAGUGGAGGUACUUCCAAAAAUAUCAAGCUAUGUAGGUUUCAGCAACAUAUGUCGUUUUUGGAAGCUUCUAUGUCGACUGAAUCUCGUGAAGAAAACGUAAAAGAUAGCGAUGACGAUUCAGAGCCUCCAUCUACUCUACCAAUAAGCGAUGAUUUCGAGGAAGUUCCAGAGGGUAAUUUAGAUGAAGGUGAGGGGCCUCAACAAUCCAACACUGCAGAUUAA